ACUGUAACGGAAACCCCCCCGGCUUCUUUCGCUGACCAAAUAAAUGCUCUUCGUACAUUGUUUACGCUAAUAGUGCUCGUCAAAAUGUAGUUCGGCUGUCAGGUGGUAUUAAAUGAGGUGGUUCUCGUUGAGAUAAAGUAUUCCUGGCUCAACAGUAUUCUUACUCAUAAUCGACAAUUCAAUGGAGACGCUGUCAAAAACACCCGCCGUUGACGUUUCGCGGGAGAAGGAACUGUGUCUGGCACCCGCCACUGGAGUAAUGUCCGAAAGUCUAUCACUACCAUCUUAUAAAGAGUAUCCAGCUCUCUGUCCUUUCAUCACUCCGAUCAAGGAGCCCACAUCCCAGAGACACACUCAUCACACAAUGGGACUCUCAUCACCCAGCAAAGCUUUCCCAGAGACCAGCAGCACAGCAAUUUUAUCUGCCCUGAGAAACCUCCAAGAAAAGAUCAGGAGGUUGGAGUUGGAGAGAGGGCAGGAAGAGCUUAGUCUGCAUACUUUGGAGAAAUACACAUCCCACAGACAGCUGCGAAAGGAGAAAGUUACACAUGGACUUUCAGACACACACUUUGAGAGAGAUAUGAUAAGAGAGACCGGCGCCUAUCCUGACUGCAACCAAGCUUUGAUCACCCAGCUAGCCGCUGCAGAGUCUCGCUGUGUGCAGCUGGAGAGACAGCUUGAUCACAUGAAAAGGAUGGUGCUCCAUGCCAAGGCAGACAGGACCAGCUUGCUCAAACAUCAGGUUUACUCAGUUUCCAUGGAGACAACAAGGGCAGCUAACCAAGCACUUGACUCAGUGUCAGAGCGUGCCCAGAUGGAGAAGCUGGAACGACUGGAGCAGGAAUACCUGAGGCUGACAAACACACAGAACAACGCAGAGAGGAAGAUUCGUGAGUUAGAGCUGAAGCUACAGGAGGAGGAGCACCAGAGAAAACUGGUCCAGGAUAAAGCCAAUCAGUUACAGACAGGUUUGGAGGCCAACAGGAUACUGCUGCAGUCAGUGCCACCCCGUCCACACAGGAGGCGGUCCAAAGAGAGGAGGCCCACUUCUAAAAAACCUUUCCAACAGCAGUCCUCUCACACACAGCCACAUUACAGGCUGAGGCUCAGAGAUGUGCCCUUUGUUGCUGGAACGUCAGUGGGCUGCAGCCACUCAGUCAGAGCCAAUGUGCAGUCAGUUCUGUCUCUCCUGAAGCAGCACCAGCCCCAGCUAUGUAACAGCCGUGUCCUCUCUCACAAUCCCAGCAGCUCCCGGGCAGCCAGUCACAGGCGCUCAGACAGUAGUUCUUCUUCCUGCUCCUCUUCCCCCAGUGGGGAGGAGCUUUCAGACCUGUUACAGGCACUGCAGGAGGAACUUCAACUCAUGAGCCUGGGGCAAGAUGAGUUGGUGAGGCAAUUGGAGGGCAGUGUGUCGGAACACGAGAGGAGAGACAUUCAUAGAACGCAAGAGAGGCUGCUGCUGAAAAUGGAGCAGAAAGGAGAGCAGAUUGGCAAGUUAUACAAACACAAAACACAGAUGAAGAAGUUGUGGAAGGAGGCCAGUAGUAACCACAAGCGAACCAGUAGAGGUGGGCUGAAGGGGACUGCCACAGUGACAACUCGAGGCCGCUCUGCUAGAGCCGUCAAAUUGGGACCAGGGGAGCGCAGCAAGAGCAAUCUGAGGCUGCUGAGAGAAAUGAAAACUCUGCAGAGCUCUUUGCGGACCUAAAAUUCAAUUGGUUAACUAAAAUAAGGCAAAUUAUUUCAUUAGUGCUUUCUUCCUAUUAUAUGUAUUUAUUUUACCUUCUGUGUGGCACCAGUGAAUAGUGCUAAAUGCAUUCUGUAAGCAUCAUUAUGGACUUCAUGUCAAUCUCAAUGCCUCCACUGACAGUUGGUCAUUGUAUGAGUACUACAGAUGAAUAUAACUACUAUAACACUGCUAGCUGCUGCAAUGAGUUUCAAAACCACACAAGUUCAACAACAUAUCUCCCUUUGAUGAUACGGGGAUUGUCAGUAUGUCUGUGAAUGUUCUCAUUCAUCCAGGUCAUGGUUAUCCAAAGGAAUUGAAUUGAGUGCAACUGGACUGUCAGUACUGUAACAUAUGAAAACAUAUGGCAAAUUUUGAACCAGAUCAAAUGAUUGUUCUGUUGCCCAGAGUGCCUUUGAUCAACAGUGUCAGCUUGUAGCUGAGUUAGUAAUCUUCAUUUCAGAUGACUGCAUGGCUAUUAAGAGUUGUGUAACGAAACAGGAGGGUAUUAGAAAGUGAGUGAUUAACUGUUUACUGAUAUCACUGCAAAAACUGUAUUUUAUCAGAACUAUCUUCUUGGAUUAAGAUGGUUAUCCAGACUGUUAUGUGCCGUUUAAACAUACUACCAGCAGAUGGCAUGGGAGGUUUAUAGCAUAGCUAUUCGUUACUCGCCCAGAUGCUAGAAAUUCUUCAAUAAAAACAAUAAAGUCUCAGUAAUGGGAAUUAAAAGUCAUGAAAAUAUUAGAAUAAUGCUUUAGAAAAUCACAGGUGCUUUUUUUUGUUUUUGUUUUUUAGAUGUCAGCAGAUGUCAGCAUUCCCACGACCACUUGUUAGCAAUGGCAUCCUUUAUUUGGGUCAACAGGCAUAAGAAGUAUGUAGAUAUCAUUGAUUGCUUAAUUCUUAAUUGCUGCCAUAUCGGCUUGUUUUCCUCCCUCUGAAUCUGUGUCAACAGGUGCACUCUAUAUGACGGGAGGAUAGUUAUCAUGGAUUAAGGGACUCUUGAGACAUGAGGAUUUAAUCAUUUGGAAACAUUAGGGUGGAGGUCUGAGAAUUGCAUCUCACCAGGGGGUCCUCGUAAAACGUCUUGGUGUGAGUCUGACAAUAUUGCCAUUGAAAAGUUGAGGAAAAUAUAAAGAAGCCUUAAUUCUGCAAGUGUGUAAUAUUGACAUCAGUGUGUGUGUAUUGUUUGCAGUGUUGCAAAAGCAUAUAUGGAUCUAUGGUGCCUUUCAGUGCUGUGCUCAUCCAGAUUCCCCAAACCACUAACAUGGAGCACAUGUCCAGUAGUUUUGACAAUCAUGGUAGACUGUCUUUGAGCGGUAACUAAUUGGUUUUGAAAAAUAAAACCAUCCA